AUGCUCCGGUCUGUGGUUUCGCAGGUUCGUGCGAAAAGCGGACCUGCGGCCGGAAAAAUCACAGCACAAGGCGGUGCAAGAACAUCAAUAGCGAAGAAGAAGAAACACAAUGCAGAGAAUAAAGCUACUAGCCCCACAAGAAACGGGCAGUCGACGUCGUGUAGCGCACCAGAAGCUGGGCAGUCUGUUUCAUCCGUAGAGGGGAUGACGCAAAGCCAAAAGAAGAGAAAGAAGAUAAAAAAAGGACACAACAUCAAUGGCGUUGAUGCGGUGCCGAUGUCAAAGAAGUGUGACGAGGAUUUAGCGACAAGCAGCAACACUAUCUCUAUCACGACUGCAGAAACUACUUCACGAGAAAAGGGUCUGGUUGCCUGCUCCCAGAAACGACAAGCAAGCGGGGUUCUCGACGUGGAACUGGAAUCAAAAAGCAAGAAGAAAAAACAGAAGCGAAAAAAGCUAAGCGAUGGCUCAGUCGCAGGCAAGCAGCACCUUUCAGGAACACCAGGAGGGUCAACAUCUUCUACAAGUACAAGAGGAACUACUCCACGAUUGUCGGGUCAUCAACAUCGUGACGGUCAAGAAGAACCAGUGCCUGCAGGCGCAGAAAAUAAACCCUCGAAUCUUAUCAUUGACGACAUUUUUGCGAGUGCGAACAAGAGGAGAAAACUGGACGACGGGUCGACGAGGAACCCAGCAACAUCCAAUUCAGGGAGCACGAUAACGACGACGACAACGAAAAAGAGCAAAAGACAAGCUAGAACGGCUGCUCCACCUACUACUUCUACUCCGGGCAGCGCCACCGACCUGUUCGGGUACGAAGCGGAAAGCAGGUCUUGGAAGAACGACGGGCUAGGCGGGAUCUACGACCAGAAUGGCUGGACCAAUCGACGGCUGAACGACAACACGAAGAUUUACAAGGCCCACCUGAUCGGGGAGCGGGACAAGCCCGGUGCGGGGACAACGAAGCUGUGUCCGUUUGACUGCGACUGCUGUUUCGGCUUCGCGGAAACCGAAAUGGAGGGUUUCUUGAAGAAGGAAAGCGCAAAAGUAAAAGAGGCAGCGAUCAUGUCGUGAAAAAACGUGCGCGUGAUUGAAGUUCGUUGUUGAAAAUGUGAAACAAGCGAAGAUCUCGACAUCUCUACCAUUAU